AACCGACCAAUCAGGAGAAAGGAUUGGGAGCGGCCAGGACGGGUACAGCGGGAGCGCCUUUUGGAACAAUCCGAGUGAAGUCAACGGCGAUUCGAGUUCAGGUUCAAAAUAGAGAGGACGAGAAGAUGACUGGAUCAAAUGAAUUCAAAUUGAACCAGUGUCCUGAAGAUGGUAUCUCUGCCAUUAAGUUCAGUCCGAACACCUCCCAGUUCCUAUUGGUAUCAUCCUGGGAUUGUACUGUCCGUUUGUAUGAUAUCACAUCAAAUAACAUGCGCCUCAAGUACCAGCAUUCAGCAGCUGUCCUGGACUGCGCUUUUCAUGAUCCAACACAUUCAUGGAGUGGCGGGUUGGACCUCUCACUGAAAAUGCGGGAUUUAAAUACAGACCAGGAAACAAUUGUGGGUUCACAUGAUGCUUCAAUUCGUUGUGUUGAAUACUGCCCAGAGGUGAAUGUAAUGGUUACGGGAAGUUGGGAUCAAACUGUCAAGCUGUGGGAUCCUAGGACACCUUGCAAUGCUGGAACGUUUGCACAGCCUGAAAGGGUGUACACACUUUCUGUUUCAGGAGAUCGCCUAAUUGUGGGUACUGCUAGUCGCCGUGUGCUGGUGUGGGACCUGAGGAACAUGGGAUAUGUACAGCAAAGGAGAGAGUCCAGUUUGAAGUAUCAGACACGCUGCAUCAGAGCAUUUCCAAAUAAACAGGGUUACGUUCUGAGUUCAAUUGAGGGACGUGUUGCAGUGGAGUAUCUUGAUCCAAACCCAGAAGUGCAGAAGAAAAAAUAUGCUUUUAAAUGUCACCGAUUAAAAGAAAACAACCUUGAACAAAUUUAUCCAGUCAAUGCAAUUUCCUUUCACAGUGUUCAUAACACAUUUGCUACAGGGGGCUCUGAUGGAUUUGUGAAUAUCUGGGACCCCUUCAACAAGAAAAGAUUGUGCCAGUUCCACCGCUACCCAACUAGUAUUGCAUCGCUUGCUUUCAGCAAUGAUGGCUCUGCAAUUGCUAUAGCAUCAUCAUACAUGUAUGAGAAAGGUGAAAUUGAGCACCCUGAAGACAGUAUCUAUAUUCGACAAGUGACAGACGCGGAAACAAAGCCCAAGUGAGUUUUUCUGCAACUGGGUUUUAUCCUUCCUAUCGUUUAUCCAAACAUUUAUUAAUUUUCCUAAUUUCAUGAAAAAAUAUUGAUGUUGAGUAGAUAGCACAGCUUUGAGCAGAGCUAGUAUUGAUUUUAUCUUGUUCUCCCAAGCUUUCAAUAUCCGUUGUAUGAUAGACGUCACAUUGAUAAAAAUGUGCCUACUUGUUUUCUGAGGCCGCAUGUCAAAUAGUGUCAUUGUCUUUUCUAUAUAAUGGAGCUUGGAUCACUGGUCCUUUGCAUUAGCAAUAUAUUUUCUCCAAAUGGAAUCUCUUAAAUUUAAGACAAUAACUGAUAAAGGGAAGUUGGAAAUUCAUUUAGAGACUACCUGUGCAAGUUUUGACUUGGCAUAAUUUUGCUUCCUAUAUCAAAUUGUCUCUGUUCUGCUAAAUAUUUAAUUAACUUAGAAAUACAGAAUUCUUAGUGUUAACGAACAGUUCUUAUUCAGAUGGGAAGCCAACUGAACUUGCGUGUUGGCAAAGGAUAGCACAUCAGCAGAGGAUUUUUUAAAGUUACCAUUUUGUAAAUAACUAAUUUCUAGUCAUUUCAAUAAAUUUGCAAUUUGUUUUCUAUUGAAGUUGAAUUGUAAUCAUUGUUUAAUACAUUUAUGUUCUGAAAAUGUUACAUGUUUUGUUUUAAAUUUAAUAAAGGCAGUAAUCAAAA